UUAUUUAUUGAUUUUCAACUUGGCCGUUUGGUGGAGGGAAGAACAGAGCGACAAUGGGUUCCUCAUCCCUUCCCUUUCUUCCCCAACCAUUUGCUCGAAUUCCAUCCGCAACCUUCCCGCCCUCUGAAAUUUCUUCUAAUCUUCACAACAAUGUCAGAUUCACUUCCAUGGAGAAACCUGUAAUUCCUCUCGCUUCUCCGUCUUCGUCGUCUUCUUCAACGUGCUCGCCAGUUCUUCAGAAAUCCAUCGCGUUCGUCGCCUCGAUUUCCCUUCUCAUGUGGCCGACUCCAGCGAAUGCUGGAUUUCUAUCAGGAUUCUCGGGAAUUGAAUCGGUUCCUGGUCCGCAAUUGCCUCAAAUCGACUUUCUCAAUCGCUUUAAUGAAGAGAACCAGAAGAAAUACGCGGAAGCUGAUGCCAGAUUCAAAUCAUCUCCCGUGCUGAAGGAACUUCUGGAGCGAUCGAAGAUGAACAAGGAAAAGAACCGUCAGAAAAUUGCUGACAAAUAUUGCAUCCGUGGUGCGGAAUGGGGAGUUGGAGAUUGUUCGGCAGAAGGCAUGUCGCCGGAGGAGAGAGACAAUUUCGUCGCAAUGUUGAAGCAAAAGGCAGGAGUGGAUUAGCAUAAACUAUUUUGGGAUUUAGAGCAAGCCAUUUAAUCUUACUGUUUCAUAUUCUUUAUCAAAAGGAAGGAUUAGAGUGAAGCAAGAGUAAGCUUAUAAAUUCUGUCACUUCAAUAUUUGAGUAAGCUCCAAUCUAAUGCUUUUCUAUAAACUAUUGUAUUACAUCAGUUGGGUUAUAAAUUACUAUUAAGUAU